AUGAUGCUGGUCGGCUUAUUUUUCCCCCGCACGGCCAGAGCCCAACCAACCCCGCUUCUGACUGAGCCAGGGACGCCCAAUACACUGAACUCCCUGGUGAAUGGCGCCAAUUAUCUCGGAAUAGACGCUGAGGAGAAGCAGACACACCUGGAAAUAAUGCAAGCAUUCGACACUAUAGAGCUGGAUGAAGAAGAGCUCGUCUUGGCCAGGGAGGCGGCGAAGCAACGGGUCAACAGAACCCAAGUCCACCCUAACCUUUAUUCCCAUGAUUGGUCGGAAGCGCUUGACGCAUUUUUGGACAGAGUGAAGCAGAGACUGACACGGAAAUUGGACACAUGGGGAGCCACAUUGGACAAGGUCAAAGCAAAAGCAGUCUCUGUGGGUGCUGGCGGCGGAAUCAGGGCUGUCAGCGGAACCAUUUCCCUUGUUAUACCGAUGCACCAAGACGACUUUGAGAUGGAGAUAUACAUAGAAACCCCGACUCCAGUAACCAAAGUUCACAGAAGAAUCUGGAGGCAUAACUUGGGCUAUUCACUUCUGCAGCCUGGUACAGCAAUUGGCACAAAAGAAGAGGAGAUGUAUUUGCUACUUGCAAAUUUCAAAGUUGGUGGCAAGGACUGCGUCAAGUCGUUCCAAGCUAACAUUAAAGGGACCGUUGGCCCACCCCAGGAAGCGGGUUUGUUGCAUCCCAUCACAGCUCGGAAACCAAAGAAUAUCAACCCAAGCAGUGCCGCAAGAUCGACUGUUGCCUCCACUGGCUCAAUAGAACUCAUGUAUUUUGACGAACCAGAAUCUAUUCUGUACAGCUUGAGCAAUUACGUUCGCUGUUCUCUCGUCGGCUAUACGGUCCCAUACCUCAUCAAACGACCUAGGAAGGCCUUCCGCUCAAGCGUUGGUUGCUCACCUCCACACAUACUCUCUCUUCACAGCGCAAUACAUGAAUGGCCCACUAUGAUCGCAACCGUUCAAAGUCUGAAGCAGAGGUCUGCAUGGAAGAAACAGCUCUCCUAUGCACACUUACACAGAUGCCCUUACAUUAUGAGCUCAGAGAUAGCUACAAUGAGUUAUGUUGCCGCAAAGACUACCAUACCUGUACCACUGGUAUAUGCCUACUCCCUCAGCGACGAUAAUCUCAUAAAAUCGCCCUUUCUAAUUAUGAACUAUGUCGAGGGCAAGACUCUUCAAGAUCUACUGUUCCAAAAGGGGGCCAGAACUCCAAGGUCCCAAGUACUGAAGGUCUAUAAACAACUUGGUGAAAUGAACCUUGAGCUACGUCGCCUUGAAUUUCCUACAAUUGGAGCUUUAGGGCUGCCAGAAAAGUCUACUGAGCCCCUAAAUGCCUGCAACCCCGAUAGCAUUGCAGUUCAAAAUCGGCCUCUGACUCUAAACAUGGCUUUGCAAGCGGCUGAGGGUUAUCAGCCAGAUACGAUUAUUGAACAAGGAAAGACGUUCCACACAGCCCGCGAAUUUGUGGAUGCUCUUAUUCGUCUUUCUGAAAACCAAUUUACUAAAUCACCGGACGUGGGAUUGGACCAAAGACGUGGCCGCUCCUUGCUCUACGCCAGGGACGCCUUCCAUCGCUUUGCUUCUGAAGACUGGCUUGAAACAAAUGGUCCAUUUGUUCUUUUGCAUGGAGACAUCACUCUCCACAAUAAUAAUAUCCUUUUCGACCAGGAUUGCAAAGCCGUUGCCGUGAUCGAUUGGGAAUGGUCUUUUGUGGGACCUGUCCAAUUCCUCGUGCCACCUGUCUGGUUAACGGGGUCGGGAUUCGGGUUUAUGCUAUUAGAACUUUACUGGUUUAAACAAGAGGCAGAGCAACUACUCUGUCAGAUCAAGCACAGUGAAGCCUCAUCACAAAAUACGACCUUGCUCUCGCGUUUCUGGGAAACCUUCUCCGUUCCAUGCGGCACAGCAAUGACUGUAGCAUUGCUAAGCCCGGACCAUAUAUAUGAAGCAUUUUGGAGUGUUAUAUUUUGGGAAAUUCAGGGUGUGGAUCCAUAUGACCCUGACUUUUAUAUAAGCAACUAUUCCCGUGGCCUUAUAAUCCCACUCCUUGAGGAUUUUAUGACACCUGACAAGACCAAGCUACUUGAACGAAAACGUACGGAGCAAGACGCCUUCUGGCAGAGGGAACAAGAAUAUUUUGGACUGGAGGAGAAGACUCAGUUUCUCGGUUAG